AUGCAACUUGAUGAUCUUCCAGAUGAGAAUAUUUCUUUUAUUUUUCAAUAUUUAAAUACAAGUACCAUUCUACUGCAAUGUUCUCUGGUUUCUCAUCGAUGGUUAAUUAUCGCAUCGGAGGUAGAUCUUCAUGUUGUCAUUCAAAAUAAUUUCAGGAAGGCUAAUUGUUUUCUUUCUCUUCUAGAUGAUCAAAUGUUGCAGGUGAAGAGUUUGAGUUUGAGUAAAAAUCAUCUCAAUACAAAACACGUAGAAAUGAUAAUCUGUUCAAAAUAUUUGCAAAAUAUUUCUGAUUUGGAUUUGAGUUAUAAUAAUAUUGGAACUGAUUACUUGUGUAGGAGAAUGAUGAAAUGUUUGGGGAAUUUGAGAGCUUUGAAUUUGAGAUAUAGUGGAUUUGGUGGAAUUUUGAUUAAAUUGGAUGGGUUUUCGUCCAAUUCAACUCUUAGCAAUUUGACAAGUUUGGAUUUGAGUUAUGAGAGAGUUGAGGAGCAUGGUGCAGAAUAUAUUUCGAAUAAUUUAAAAAAGUUACAGAUAUUAAAGUUGAGAGGAUGCUUUAUUCAAGAUGUGGGUGUUAAGCAUAUUUGCAAUUUGGAACAAUUGACCUCUUUGGAUUUGAGUUUUAAUAACAUUGGAAGGGAAGGUUGUGCCUUUAUCAGUAAUGGUAAAUUAAUGAAAAAUUUGAAAACAUUAGAUAUCAGUAACAACUUUUUAUUUAGUCAUUUGGCACUGCCUUUGUUAUUCUCUGGUGAAAAUGGUAAAAAUUUGACAAGUUUGAAUAUGAGUGGUCUUUACAUAAGUAUGGGUAAUGAACUUGUCAGUUUGAACAAUUUAAGAGAAUUGAAUUUAUCAAAGUGUAAAUCAAUGGGAUGUUUAAACCGUUUAAACUCGUGUGAUUUACUUUCGAAAUUGACCAUUUUGAAUAUUGAUUGUAACAUGAUUGGAAAUGUAAACUUGAACAAACUUCAAAAAUGUAAAAAUCUGAAAGAAUUGAAUAUUUCAAGAAAUAACAUUACAUGCUCUGGUGCCUAUGAAUUAAGUCAAUUUGAUCUACCUAAUUUAACCACUCUCAUACUAGAUGGAAAUGAUAUCCAAUAUUAUGGAAUCCUUUCAAUAUUGAAUAGCAAGACACUUCCAAAUCCUAAACAACUUCUUUCCAAAAACAAAUCAGCUGUAAUUCAAGGAUUGUUAGCCACCGUCAUGAAAACAUCCCUUGUUGAAGAUCAAUAG